AAACUUUUCCCAACACUUUGGUGUGGGCAUUGAACUCGUCCAACGUGACGUCUGCGUGUAUAGAGCUUGAUUGGUCGCUUGGCGUUUGGACGUGACAAGCUGACGACUUUUGUAAAGUAAAAUGGUGCAACGUUAUUAUCGAAUGAAUUAAUGGCUGUCCUCUGAUCUCACGGCAAUUUACUGUGCUCCAGAUUCGUGUUGUUCCCUGUAACGGCGCGGGUAAAAGCUUCACUGUGUGAGAUGGACGGUGGAGAGGAGAUGCGAGUGGAAGCAGCCCCAUACUGCUGCUCCACCUGUGAUGGAGGGGAGGUCACGGGCCGCAGCCUGUCUCGACACAACAGGAAGAUCCGCAGCCUGAGCACCUCCUCAGCCGGCAGCUCUUUUGAGUACAGGAGGACUCAGUCACUUCAUGGACCAAGCCCUGUGACCACCUUUGGCCCAAAGGCAUGCAUGCUUCAGAAUCCACAGGCAGUCAUGCACAUUCAGGACCCCGCCAGCCAGAGACUAACUUGGAACAAGCCGCCCAAAAGUGUCCUUGUCAUUAAGAAGAUCCGAGAUGCCAGUCUGCUUCAGCCUUUCAAAGAGCUCUGCAUAUUCCUCACCGAGGUGAAAAACAUGAUAGUUUACGUGGAAAAGAAAGUUCUGGAGGACCCAGCUAUUUCAGGAGAUGAAAACUUUGGGGCCAUUACUAAGAAAUUCUGUACUUUCACAGAAGAUCUUGAUGACAUCUCCAAUUGUGUCGACUUCAUUAUAUGUCUCGGUGGAGAUGGAACUCUGCUGUAUGCAUCCUCACUUUUCCAGGAGAGCGUUCCUCCAGUCAUGGCCUUCCACCUGGGCUCCUUGGGUUUCCUGACACCUUUUAAAUUUGACACAUACCAGUCUCAGGUCACCCAGAUAAUUGAAGGUAAUGCUGCCAUUGUCCUGCGAAGUCGCUUGAAAGUCCAGGUGCUUAAAGAGAACUGGGAGAAGAAAGCCAGGCUGGACGAUAAGGCCAUCAUCCUGACCAAUGGGGAAUUCGAAAGUUGCCACAAGGCCAUGCAGUAUGAGGUGCUCAACGAGGUGGUGGUGGACAGAGGACCCUCCUCGUAUCUCUCUAAUGUCGACCUCUUCCUGGAUGGACACCUCAUUACAACCGUGCAGGGAGAUGGUCUGAUAGUAUCUACACCUACAGGCAGUACAGCGUACGCAGUGGCAGCAGGAGCUUCCAUGAUCCAUCCCAACGUCCCAGCUAUCAUGAUCACCCCCAUCUGCCCACACUCGCUCUCCUUCAGGCCCAUUGUGGUGCCAGCCGGCGUGGAGCUCAAGAUAAUGCUGUCACGUGAUGCCAGAAACACAGCCUGGGUGUCAUUUGAUGGAAGAAAGAGACAAGAGAUCUGCCAUGGAGACAGUAUUACCAUCACCACUUCCUGCUUCCCUGUUCCCUCCAUCUGUUUCCGGGACCCAGUCAAUGACUGGUUUGAGAGCCUGGCCCAGUGUUUACACUGGAACGUGAGGAAGAAGCAGAACUACCUCAGCUCAGAGGACGAGGAGUUCUGAGGCCAUUCCACAACCCUCAAGAUAUUCUCCAAGUUCUCCAGGACUCGAAGGUCUUAGUAUUAGUUUGAUAAUGCUCCAUGCUCUUUGAUGAAUAUAAAGUCUCACCAAACUCGA